GCCCAUGGACAGCUUUGUCUCGACUCCUGGUCUUGUCUCCCCAUCCACACACUUGUUACGAUGCGGGAUCCCCCCUUGUGGUCGACGGAAGAAAGAACACCUGAAAGGACCCUGCACUCAAAGACGUUUCAAGCCCAACACGUGGUUCCCGAGACAUGGAGCAAAAGAAGGCCAUUGUUGUCCAGGGAUGACACUUGUUGAACCCAGGAAACGGCCGAAGGCAAAGAGUACGAGAAGAAGAAAGAGAAGAAGGAGAAAACAACCGCCGGGCUGACUCGGGCUGGAACGGCUGGUGAGGUCACCGUCUUCACCAUGGUUGAGGCGAUCUCAUUCGUCCCGUUCAUCCUGCGGCCAGUGGGACCACUUCCGCAGUCGGUCGUGUCCCACAUCAGAAGCUGCCGUGCUGCGGCAGGACAGCGCAACGGAUGGCCACUGGAUAGCACUGCGUUUCUGCCUGCCCGGAUCCGCUUUGGGAGAGGCCAUUUCAUGCAUUGA